UAUUUUCUUUAGCGUUACAACGCAGAUCUGUUCAGUUUUGGUAGAAGGCUCCUUGGCUGAUUAAAGCAGUGUAUCUGCUGGCUCUAGCUGCCUUCACUCACCGGGGGUGUGCAUCGUGUCUCCGGCGUCCGGCGCUGCAGCUGGAUGCUCUUCCCGGUGAGGAUCCUGGCGUGAUGCGGCUCGUCCGACUUGCCGAAGACGCCCCAGUGCUGUGGGGGCGGCCUCAUCGCCCCGCCUGACGCUAACCCAUGGGGAACACGGGCGGCAAGUUCCGCAAGGCCCUUAUCGGUGGAGACGAGGGCCUGGCCUCCCAGAUCUACGAGGGAAACCCGCAGUUCAGGGAGUCCCUGGACCCCAACGCCUCCUACGGGGAGCCAUACCAGCACAACACGCCACUGCACUACGCCUCCAGACACGCCAUGGUCCGGCUGCUCAGGUGCUUUCUCUUGAACAAAGACGGGAACCCCAACAAGCGCAACAUGCGCGACGAGGUCGCCCUGCACCUGCUCUGCAUGGGGCCGCGCAUCCUGCUUCCAGAGGGCGAUGAGCGGCGGCGGCUGGACUGCAUACGGGUCGUGCUGCAAUGGACCGGCGCCCGGCUGGACCAUGGCGAGUAUGAACGCGCUGACAUCAAUGCCACUGACGACAAGAGGAACACAUGUCUGCACUAUGCGGCUGCCUCAGGGAUGGAGGCAUGUGUGGAGCUGCUGGUGAAGAGCGGUGCAGAUCUCUUUGCCGAAAACGAGGACAGGGAGACCCCGUGCGACGCUGCAGAGGGACGGGGUCACCGCCGACUGGCACUCAGCCUCGAGUCGCUCAUGGUUUUCGCUGGGGACCCCGAGGGCGUUGAGGAUGAAUAUGCAGACCUGAACCGUGGGGAGCUCUAUGAGGGUCUGGGACCGCAGGACCUGCGUCGCUUAAAGGAUGUGCUCAUUGUGGAGACCGCUGACAUGUUGCAGGUUCCUCUCUUCACCGCCGAGGCCUUGCUGCGGGCGCAUGACUGGGACAGGGAGAAGCUGCUGGAAGCUUGGAUGUCCAGCGCAGAGAGCUGCUGCCGUCGCUCCGGGGUGCAGAUGCCUGCUCCGCCCCCUCGUGGCUACAAUGCCUGGGACACCUUGCCAUCGCCCAGGAACCCCCGCACUGCCCCAUCCUCAGCAACGUCACCCGACGACCUCAGCCCCCCGGGAACGGAGGAGACGCCCUCAUGCGGCAUUUGCAUGUGCAGCAUUUCAGAGUUUGAGGAGCCCGUGGACAUGCCGUGUGGACAUGAGUUCUGCAGAGCAUGCUGGGAAGGGUUUUUGAACCUGAAGAUCCAGGAAGGUGUCGCUCAUGGCAUCCGCUGCCCGGCACACGACUGCUUUCAGUUGGUUCCCGUAGAGAUCAUUGAGAGCGUGGUCUCCCGGGAGAUGGACAGGCGUUACCUCCAGUUUGAUAUAAAGGCCUUUGUGGAGAACAACCCGCUGAUCCGCUGGUGUCCCCGGGCGGGCUGUGAGCGGGCGGUGCGGCUGUCCCAGCGCGGCCCUGACGCCGGCUCCUCCGAGCCGCUGCUCGUGCUUCAGGCACCUGCUGUGGAUUGUGGAAGAGGCCACCUGUUCUGCUGGGAGUGUUUUGGAGAGGCCCACGAGCCGUGCGACUGCCAGACCUGGACCAAGUGGCUCCAGAAAGUGACUGAGAUGAAGCCAGAGGAAUUGGCUGGCGUGAGUGAGGCCUGCGAAGACGCCGCUAACUGCCUGUGGCUGCUUACCAACUCCAAGCCCUGCCCCAACUGCAAGUCACCCAUCCAGAAGAACGAGGGCUGCAACCACAUGCAGUGCGCCAAGUGCAAGUAUGACUUUUGCUGGAUCUGUCUGGAGGAAUGGAAAAAGCACAGCUCAUCGACGGGUGGAUACUACCGCUGCACGCGCUACGAGGUCAUCCAGCAGCUGGAGGAGCAGUCCAAGGAGCUCACAGCUGAGGUGGAGAGGAAGCACAAGAGCUAUCAGGAGCUGGACCGCUUCAUGCACUACUACACGCGCUACAAGAACCACGAGCACAGUUACGAGCUGGAGCGCCGCCUGCUGAAGAGCGCAAAGGAGAAGAUGGAGCAGCUGAGCCGUGCCUACGCCGGAGCAGAGGGCGACACUCCGGACACCACGUUCAUCGAGCUCGCCGUGCGCGAGCUGCUGAAGACGCGCCGGGUCCUGAAGUGCUCUUACCCCUACGGCUUCUUCCUAGAGCCAAAAAGCACAAAGAAGGAAAUCUUUGAGCUGAUGCAGACUGACCUCGAGAUCGUAACUGAGGACCUCGCCCAGAAGGUGAACAGGCCAUACCUGCGCACCCCACGCCACAGGAUCAUCCGCGCUGCCUGCCUGGUACAGCAGAAAAGGCAGGAGUUCCUGGCCUCCGUGGCGCGAGGCGUGGCCCCCAGCGACUCCCCUGUAGCCUCGCGACGCAGCUUCACCGGUGUCGAGUGGGACUGGGAGUCCCUGGGAUUGGUGUCACCCCAGACCCCGAGGAGUCAGUCAGACCUCGGAGGGAGUGUCCAAAGAGGCAGAGGUCCAAAUGCACGCAGCCAGCGGCAGGGGUUUGCUGAGAUGCAGCAGCGGCGGCGAACCAGAUUCCGUAGGCAUGGCGAUGCGGGCAGCCAACGUGGCGAUGUGGCCGGCCUACGUGGCGAUGCACCCAGCCCCGCCGAGCUGAUGGACAGCCCGUUGGAUCCCAGGAGUGCAAGCCGUCGCCAUGGCACCAGGGGGGCCCUAAGCUCCCUGGAUGAGGAUGACCCCAACAUGCUGCUGGCUAUCCAGCUUUCACUGCAGGAGUCUGGGCUCCCCUUGUCUGGCGAUUCCCAGGAGCCCGUCAGUGGUCAGGCCUCUCUGGCAGUGAUCGACCCCUCCUUGGCCUCUAGGCUUGACCCUGUGGCCUGUGGUGAAGAGGCGCCCUGUGCCAUCAUCAGCAGCUCUGGGCUUCAGGAAUGGGGCAGAAGAGCGAUGAGGCUGACCAGCGUCACUAGCCGCUAUGCUAAGCCAGAGCGUGCAAGUGGUCAAAACCCUUCUUGGAGGACCAGUGCCUUGUCCAACUCCACUGAAAGCAGACCUACCAGUGUAAACGCUGACGUCAUCACCAACCCGCUGGGAAAUGGUGCCGACCGCCAAAGUGACGAGCUGGGCCUCACCCACUCCCCGAAGGUAGGUGAUGUAGCUGAGCCUCAACGUGUGCCAACACUGCCCCCAGAGGACGAACCGGGGUCAGCAAGGCCCACACAGCCUGAAUUGGUGGGUAUGGAUGCUAACGCCAUGUUGCCCGUGCCACCGGAAGAUAGGAGUGUCCGCAGUAGCACUGAUUCUGGUCACACCGAUGCCUCUGGGUGUGACUCAGGUUCCAGCCUCCAACCGAACAGCGCCAAAUUUGGCUUGGAGGAGCAAGUGCACUUGGUCUAAAAACCAUUUGUUUAACUAUAUCCAGGUUGAAUAGCAAAGUCUAAGCAAAAAAUUUUUCUUUACGAUGGCACAGUGUCUGUCGCAAUCCUAGUAAUUUUAUAAAUAAAAGGAAUAUUAUUGUACAAUAAGAAGAUCAGGUCAGAGUACUGUAUGCAAUUUUUAUGCACCUAGAGACUGCAGUUGUAGAAAAUACAGAUAAAUAAUCAUCGGAGCAUUUAACAUCCAAACUGACUAUUUGGAUGAUAGUCGUGAACAUUUUGUGUUGGGGGGGGGGGGGGAGGUGUCAGUAUUGAAAUUAUUGCUCUGAAUUGAGCAGUGCCUUGCUGGGGUAGGAAGAGGGUGUGCAUGUAUCCGCCCGGGGGUUGGCAUGGCAACACCUGCAGCCUGGGACAUGGACAGCUGCUGGUGCAGAAUCAAAACAAUGGGAUGCCUAAGAGGCAUUGAAGAGCAUAUUUACCUGUAAGGUGUUUAAAGCGGCAUUCAGGGGCAGCUGCCGAGAUUCAGAUCCGACCUGCAGUUACUGCUGGCAAUCAGGCAGGCCUGUGUGUCUGUCCCACAGAUAUUCCUCAAGGAAUAUAUGUGAUUAUUAGCAUCAUCUUUUAUGCCAAAAAUAAUUCCGCAGUUAUCUUUUCCCAUGUACCAUUGAAAUGGUUCAAAAACAUGAAGAGUAUUCAGAUGAGAGGUGUGGUUAGCUGUCUGACUUUUGGGGCGAGUCUUCUCACAGGGUUUUGAUGUCUACUGUAGCCAGACGAUGUUCACGAGCUGGGGAAUAUCGAAAGCUGAGGACAAACUACUGCUGUAAAAGUAGCUUUUUAAUUUAUUUCCUAACACUACUGACAACUGUUAAAAUGAUGAGUCAUUUCGGGUUUUAUUUUUGGAAAUCUGACAGCGAUGAAGACAGAUGGUGCACUAGAGAAAAGUGUCUGAAUUGCCGAGUAGUUUUCUAAUUCCUGCCUUUAUAUAUGUUGCUACAGUAAGACUUGAUUCUGAAAGUCUGAUUUGUACAGCUCCUUGCUGGACACACAGUCUGCUACAGAGAAUUCUCAUCCAUUUCUGACUGACUUGGCCAUUCCCAAUAAUCCAAAUUUUAUUCCCCAACAGAUGCAAAUUUUUAAGAGAGUGUUUAUGUAAGCAAUGCAGUUAAGAAGUUUACGUCAUUUUACCAAAUUGUCCACAAAUACAAGUAGAGAGGCUUCUAAAAGACUUUAAAACUGGAGCAAAAUCCCCGGCCCUCUGCGCCCAUUCAUUCUUGAUACGGUAUUAUAAUUAUUUGGUAAGGGUGGGUCACAAAGCACGACCUUGAUUUGCCUGUUGUGUAUUUAUCUUGUGUUGUGGGAGUGUGUGCACAUGACCAUUAAGUGCAAUCAGAGAAACGUUAUUUCUUAAUCAGUGUAAUUGUGAUGUAUUGCCAUUGGUAAUGGAUAAUUAUACGUUUAUGGCUUUGAGAACCAUUUCUUUAGCAAUCCUACAAUCCUAAUGUUUUUUUUUUCUAUACAAUUCUGUAGUGUGCCUUCAUUUAACCUUAAUUCAUUUUUCUUAAAUACUUUGAAUUAAAGUAACACCUGAUGUUGCAGUAAAUUUAGUUCGUUUAUGGAACUAAGUGUCCAAAAGAUUUUUUUAGAUUUUUAAUGCAUGUUUUAUAGGGUUUUUUUUUUAGAUUUUUUUUUUCCCCCCCAGAAUGUUUUCCACAAUGUUCUCUGUUUACCUUCUAUUUAGUAUGUUUAUUGUAGCCAAUUCAUUGUGUCAAAGAUUAACGUAACUUUUGAUUUCAGUUCAAUAGAUCAAAUAUAAUGUCAUUUAUAGUGGUUUGAUGCACAGGAGGCUUUCCUGCUGGUUGGUUACUGGUGUACUUGAAGGGUUUCUAGGGUAUUCAAAUCCUGAUCACAAUGAUGUCAUGUUACAUAAAACCUCUUGUGGUGGACAAAGAUCCCAACUAUGUUCAUUUUUACUGCUGUGAAGGGGGCCAAAAAUGUCACUUCAAAUCAAGCCAAUUAAAAAAAAAUCUUAUUUCUCAUUUGAAUAAAGUUUUAAAAUCUA